GCGUGUUUUAAAGUGUUUUUAACGUAAAAAAAAGUUUUUAUUUUGAUGUAGAAAAAAUAUAAGGUAAAAGUUUAGUGAUCCAUCGACAGAGAUUCCAAAGAAAAGAAGAAAAAGUUUGUGUGCUUUGCAAAAACAAUGAAAAUAAAUAGUAAAUAACUUUAAGAUACCUCAUCCGUUUGCCAAAGACAAAAAUAAUAAUUUUUAAGAAGAAUCAAUACCAAAGAAAAUUUCAAUCAUGCUGGAUUUCUACCAAAAUUUAAAUAUUCAUUCUGGAAUGAUAAGUGACAUAGAAUCGGAUAAAACCUUAACUUGUGGUUCGUCAGAAUUAACAGCCACAAUAAAAUGCGAGAAAACUUAUGAGAUAUGCGAAGGAUGUUCACAGAAAAUUUACGAUCGUUACUAUCUCAAUGUGGCGGAUAAGAGCUGGCAUGAGUCAUGUUUAACAUGCAAUAUCUGCAACUUGCUCUUAAAUUACAAAUGCUAUGUGCGAAAUUCAAAGCUUUAUUGUAAGGAUGACUAUUAUAGAAUCUAUGGUACAAAAUGUGUUCGAUGUUGCGAGAAAAUAACGCCCGAUGAAAUGGUGAUGAAAAUACAAAAUUCCUUCAUUUAUCAUGUCAAUUGCUUUACAUGCUGUAGCUGUAAUCAGCCAUUACAAAAAGGCGAACAAUUUGCAUUUCGCGGUGGUCAAUUGCUGUGUCGAGCUGAUUUUGAAAAGGAAUCAUUCAUACCACAAACUUAUGAUGACGAUUAUGUUAUUGAGGAGCAUCAUGUUAGAUCACGUGAUGGACGUCGAGGUCCUAAACGACCACGAACUAUUUUAACUUCUUCACAACGAAGGCAAUUUAAGGCGUCAUUUGAUGUAUCGCCGAAGCCAUGUAGAAAAGUCAGGGAAGCAUUAGCCAAAGAUACAGGACUUAGUGUUCGAGUUGUGCAAGUCUGGUUCCAAAAUCAGCGUGCAAAGUGCAAGAAAAUACAACGAAAAUCAAAAAGCGAUGGUGAUAAAGGAAGUGAUAAAGAAAAGGAUGAUAAAAUCAAGCUAGAAUCACCCGAUAGCGAUUAUAUCCUCGAUAAUUCCUAUGGACAACCUCUUAAUCCCAAUUUACCGUUUUCACCUGAUGAUUAUCCAGCACAUUCUAAUGACAGCAUCUGCAGUUCAGAUAUUUCGCUUGACGGAAGUAAUUUUGAUCAUUUAGACGAUGCAUCAGACUCAGUAUCGCUUCAUAAUCUCAAUCUUAGCUCACAUCACUUACAACUAGACCAACUUCAAAUUAAUAAUAAUAAUAAUCUUAGUUCCACUGCAAAUCUCAUGACCCACAUAGACAAGCUGUAUCAAAUGCAAAGUAGUUAUUUCAUAGGAGCCAGCAUUGAGCAAUAGAAUUUAGUCAAGCAAUCCUUCAACGUUUUAGGAGUAGGAUUAAUACAGAACAAGAAUCAUUAACAAGAAAUUUAGUGCCAUGCAAAUUAUUAAAUAAAGAAAAUACCAAAAAAUCACCUUUUUUGAUAUAUAUGUAGUUUUAUGAACUGUUUAAAAUUAUUGGCGACUAGCUAUUAAUAUUGUG